AUGGAAGUUACGUAUUCUAGUGAGAAUGAUCCGGGAGUUGCGGAACACGUGGAUGCGGUAAUUAAUCCUGAAACCUGUCCAUCAACAACAACCGGUCAUAAAAAAACUCAGGCAAUUCGACAACAAGAAUACAGACUUCGGAUGAAAGAAAAGUCUGGGCCUAAAAAACAGAAAGAGGACAGACCAGCCAAAAAGUCCGCAGCGGAGCGUCAACGGGAAUGCAGGUUGAGAAAAAAACUCCGAGCGAAUCAAAACAUCAACGCAGAGUCAAACUCAGACGUUACUGAAAUUUUACCGAGGCAAGAUGCAGGACCUUCCAACUACUUGACAUCGGUAACUACAGCACAGGUGGUACCUUCAAGUCCUGACGAUGGACCUGUCAUUACACACCACGAAGUAGUUAUUGAGACUGCACCGGUAUCAACAAUAAAACGUCAAAACGUACAACAGCACGAAAGUGUUAGUGAUGUGUACAAAAAAAGGAAACCAAAUCAAACCAGAAACCUUAAUUUUGAUGAGAUUUGUCAGCUUCCCAGCCAACCUAUACUGACUCCCCGUUUGCUAACUAAUGAAAUGGAAAUUUUACAACCAGCCGAGAAUGAAUUCAUUGAAAAUGAAGACAAUAUCAACAUGUCUGAAGAGUCAACAUCGGAGCCAAAUUCUAGCCUGCCAUACCGUAGCUAUCAAACUCAUAAAUCAGCACAUAAGCUAUUUAAAAAAAAGAUCCUAGAGAAUUCCUUUGGUCACGCCUGUAAUGUUUGUGAUCGUUUAUGGUUUUUAGAAGAUCUUAAAUGUGGAUCAGCAGAUGAAGAAAUCUUACUUAAACGAAUUACGAAUUUUACGGAUGUCACUCAAGUCAUGAUGUGCAAAACUUGCAGAGCCAGUAUCUUAAAAGGCAAUAUUCCCUUUUUAGCUACGUAUAAUGGUUUUAAAUAUCCACAAAGACCAGUGGAUUUGCCGGAAUUGGAUAUUAUUGCUGAGAGAUUUAUUUCACCAAGGCUUCCGUUUAUGCAAAUACGUAGAUUACGCCAUUUCAAUGGUCAAUUUGCUAUAACUGGCCAAAUAAUUAAUGUGCCUGUCUCGGUUGAUAAUAUGAUAAAACUUUUACCAAGGCCGCUUGAUGGAAAUGAAGAAGACUAUUGUAUUAAUGUUCAUAUUAAGAAGAAACUUAUUCAUAAAACAAGUUACCUUCACGGAUUGGUUAAAGGUAUUGUCAUUAAAAAAUGGUUGACGUAUUUAAUUGAAACACCUCUGUAUAAGCACUUCCAAAUUAAAGUGGAUGAUGCUUGGUUUACAUCCAAUGAACGAAAAGUCCCAAAAGUUAUAAGAUUCCGAAAUUAUGAUAUGGGGAAAGAGUUAACAGAAUACAAGAGGGAAAUGGUUACGCUACAUAUGCCUUUCAGAAUUGAAGAAACUGAUGUUUUGAGUGAUAUGAAGUUUUUGCGCAUCUAUGAUGAAAAUGAAGAUCUCAUAAUGGAGAGACGAAAAGAAUUUGAAUCUAAUUUAGAUAUCGCAAAAACAAUGGAAAUUUGUGCACAAUUAUGUCGGGAAGAGACGGAGCUCAACGAUGUGCAGGCAAAUAACGAUGACCAGAACAGGGCUAAUGUCCAAGAAAUUCUAGAUCCAUACCAACAGUUUCUUCAAGAUCCAAACUCGGCUAUUAACGAUGAUUUAGUAUCAGCUUCAAUGAAUAAACUCGGAGCGAUAUGGAAAAAAAAAGACAACCUCAUGGAGACUCCAGAGUUUCUUGAGCUCAUGAGAAGAACUAACGAGAAGCAAUUCGAGCUGGCUCAACACAUAAUA